AUGCAUUGUCGAACCGCCCUCUCCUUUCUGGCCUCCUCCGCCAUCCCCCUCGCCGCUGCCACUGCUGUCCCAUUCGGCCCUGGCAAAACCCACGCGGAAAACAACGCGCACAGCAUCUUCAACUCAAUCCACUCGGCCGGGCGGCAAUGGGGCUCGAGCAUCAACCACAACGGCUUCGCGCUCAUCCCCGGCCUCAUCCCGCGCGGCUCCGUCUUCUAUCAUGCCGCGGCGACACCUACGUGGCUCGCGAAGGGACCUGCGCGGCUGGAAUUUGAGCCCGAAGCCGCCGAGGCCUUUGCCGCCGACUGGUUCGACGGCUGCCGAUCGCCCGGCGACGGCGAGGCGUUCCCCGGGGACCGGCCCAAGGGGCCCGGCUAUGUGCACACGUACAGAAACAGGCGCGACCUCAAGGUCCUCCUGGCUGACGGCUUGUCGGCAGGGCAGACGAGCUACGGCACGCUCGACACGCAGGAUGUCGUCCUGCUCGAGAACGCGACCCUCGCGGGGGACGCGUGCGAGGCGGACCGCCACCGGGCGCAGGCACUCUGCGACGUCGUCCAGCCGUGGGGCUACGAUGGCGUUGUCAGGGCCGGGCUCGGCUUCGAGCUGCUCCUCUGCAACGUCACCGGCACCAUCUGGCAAAUGAAGGUGAAGCGCGCGCUCUCCGCAGACCAUAAAAUCGGCGACGGCGGGCUGCACAUGGCGCAGUGGGUGCGCGCCGCCGCGCAGCGCUACGAUGGCCUCGGGGCUCGACUCAAGCUCGAUUUCUCAUCCAUGGUGUCGGGCUUGUUCUAUGCCAUGAAUACGACAAAUCCGGAUCCCGCACACCCCGAGAUGAAGCGCCUCGCCGCCUCGCCGCUGGCGCAUCUCCGCGUCAUGAAGCACCGCGUCGGGGAGAUUGCGCGCGCUGACUUCCAGACAUUUCUGAUUGACUGGCGGUAUAUUGUCGACACCAUUGUCGAGCGCUUCGCCGAGCGGCUGGUGGCCAUGGCGGAUCCGCACGUCGACGACGCGGCCUUUGUCGACGAAAUCGAAGCCGCCGCGCUGACAUACAUCGACGCCACGGCUCUCGAGAGUGAGGGUGACGCCAUCGAUAAAUCCAUCAAAGACUGCAUGGAUCAUUACUUGUACCCCGCUCUGCCCUUUUCCCAGCGCUGGAACGAAGCAGAUCAUAUGCUCUACCACGCCGUCAUCACCGUCCUCUCCGACGUCUGCACUACCCUUAUUCGCGGCUGGUCCGAUCUCGUGCACGCGUCUUCCGCCGCACACAUGAGCAGUCACGCGCAGCAGCGCGCGGCCCUCGAUGGGGUCAAGGCGCAGGUCAAGGAGCUGACGACGCGCCUGGCCUGGACGACGUGGCGCAGGACGCGCGCCUGUGCGGUCAGUCAGGCAGAGAUGGUCGCCAUGUGGCCCUAUGGUGACGCCGAGGAUUACAAACACCCGGGAUGCCGCGCCAGAAGUCAGCUCAGCACAGGUAGGACGGGGUACUGGGGUGGGAGCCGCCUAGAUGUCACCGGAGAGGCGUCGCUCACUUCGCCAUCCGAGGAGUUAUAG